AUGGCUGUGGAAACCGAUAUCGAACUCGUCCUCGACAAGUCUAGUACAAAUACUGCGUCUGGACUGCCGUUUUCGUCCGACAAACAGGAGUAUGAGUUCUUAGCCACGCAAUUCGACAAGGAGCGCGAAGCUGCUCUCCUACGGAAGGUCGACUGGAGACUGCUGCCCGUCUUAUCUAUCUUCUAUCUGAUUAGUUACAUUGAUCGUGCAAACAUGGGCAACGCACGCCUUUACGGGCUGGAAGAGGAUUUGGGUCUCUCGCCUCAGCAGUAUUCAUUGUGCCUCACCAUAUUUUUUAUUCCAUAUGCAGUGUUCGAGGUUCCGAGCAAUCUCAUGCUCAAGGUCCUCAGCCCGUCCAUUUGGUUGCCGACGAUAAUGUUCGUUUGGGGGCUUACUAUGACUCUGAUGGGCUUGGCGCAGAACUACUCCGGUUUACUCACCGCGAGGUUUUUCCUUGGGCUCGGCGAAGCUGGCUUGUUUCCUGGAGUCACAUAUAUCUGCACAACAUGGUACAAGCGAUACGAGCAACAAAGGCGAGUAGCGAUUUUCUACUGCGCCGCGAGCGUCUCCGGGUCGUUCUCGGGGCUUCUAGCAUAUGCAAUCGGGUUCAUGGAUGGCAUCAGAGGAUACAGCGGUUGGAGAUGGGUGUUCAUCUUGGAGGGUUUACUUACAGUUAUGAUCGCUGUCCUAUCCCAGCCAUUUGUGUGUGAUACGCCAAUGGCAGCCAAAUGGCUUACCGAUGAAGAGAAAAGAUUUCUCACUCUCCGGUUACAGUUCGACGGGAACGUUCAGGCGGCCAAAGAGGGGCCGUUUAAAUGGAAGUAUUUGAUCCAGGCUUUGACAGACUCAACAGUAUACAUGAACAGUAUCCUAUUCGGAGUCGUCGGCAUGGGAACAUACUCGGUAGCCUUCGGGCUUCCGACGACCAUCACACUGCUUGGGUACUCGUCUGCCAACGCACAGCUUCUGACGAUCCCUGUAUAUGCCUUCGCUGGGCUGAUGACUCUACUCAACGCUUAUGUCGCCGAUUAUCUUGGCCGUCGCUAUCAAGGAGUCGUUGUGCCCUUUGGCCUCUCAAUAGUGGGAAUCAUUAUCUGCUUGACAGUUUCGCCGCGCGACCAGCCUGGAGUUAUCUACUUCGCCAUGUUUAUCCUUGGUGGCAGCAUGUUCCCAGCCUCGCCGGCUGUAGUUGCCUGGAUCGCAAACAACAUGGCUGGACAGUGGAAGCGGGCGAUUGGGAUGGCGCUGUCGUUCUCGCUCGCCAACCUUGCUGGUGGAUGCAUAGGUUCCAAUAUAUUUCUCGAACGCGAACGGCCAGAAUACCACACAGGGUACUCUAUCGAGGUCUCCAUAUAUGCGCUAGGGGUCGUGGUGAGUACUCUUCAGCUUUGGAAGUUCUGGCACGGAAACAGAAGGAAAGCGAAGAUUCUUGAUGAAACACCUCAAGAGGCCAGGGAACAGCUCUUUCUGGAUACCAUGGACGAGGGAGAUAAAAGCCCUUGGUUCACGUAUACGUUGUGA